GUUGUUUCAUAAUUUGCUUCCUCUUCCCAUUACGCGCGAAUUCUCUCUCACACACAAAAUUCGGUAAAUUGAAGCUCCUUUCACCACUGUUCGAUUGAGGAAGACAACUAUUCAACAACAUCAACAAAAAUGGAAGGCUUCGAUCACUCAAAACUCGCCCGAGGCCGCUUGGCCGUGCUCUCAGCUCACCUGGCAGCUCCAUUUGAUCACCGCGCCGCCGCAAUUCUCGAAUCAUCCGCCUGCUCCGCCGCCUUCGCGCCGCCGCCGUAUCUGAAAGGAUCGCUAACCCUAAUCGACGACCGCACUGGCAAAAAGUACCAGGUUCAGGUCUCCGAGGAAGGCACCGUCAAAGCCACCGACCUCAAAAAGAUUACCACCGGGAGGAAUGACAAGGGGAUUAAGCUUUACGAUCCUGGUUACCUCAACACGGCGCCGGUGCGAUCGUCCAUCUGCUAUAUUGACGGAGACGAAGGGAUUCUUAGAUACAGAGGCUAUCCGAUUGAGGAGCUGGCGGAGGGGAGUUCGUUUUUGGAAGUUGCUUAUCUUUUGAUGUAUGGCAAUUUACCGUCCGAAGGUCAGUUGGCAGAUUGGGAAUUUUCCGUCUCACAACAUUCAGCUGUUCCUCAAGGAAUAUUGGACAUCAUACAAGCAAUGCCGCAUGAUGCUCACCCAAUGGGUGUUCUUGUUAGUGCUAUGAGUGCUCUUUCAGUCUUUCAUCCUGAUGCAAAUCCAGCUUUACGAGGCCAAGACAUAUAUGAGUCUAAGCAAGUGAGAGACAAACAAAUUGUCCGCAUACUUGGGAAGGCGCCAACAAUUGCUGCAGCUGCCUAUUUGAGAAUGGCUGGGAGGCCACCUGUUCUUCCAUCCAGCAACCUCUCAUACUCGGAGAACUUCUUAUAUAUGCUUGAUUCAUUGGGCAAUAGGUCUUACAGACCAAAUCCUCGGCUUGCUCGUACACUAGAUAUUCUUUUCAUAUUACAUGCAGAGCAUGAGAUGAAUUGCUCCACUGCAGCUGCGAGGCACCUUGCUUCAAGUGGCGUUGAUGUGUAUACAGCCCUUUCUGGUGCAGUUGGCGCUCUAUAUGGUCCUCUUCAUGGUGGAGCAAAUGAGGCUGUGCUUAAGAUGUUGAGUGAGAUCGGAACCAUAGACAAUAUUCCUGACUUCAUCGAAGGCGUAAAGAACAGGAAGCGUAAGAUGUCUGGUUUUGGGCACCGCGUCUACAAGAACUAUGAUCCGCGAGCAAAGGUCAUCAAGAAACUUGCUGAGGAAGUAUUUUCAAUUGUUGGCAGGGAUCCUCUUAUAGAGGUGGCCAUAGCCUUGGAAAAAGCUGCAUUAUCGGAUGAGUACUUUGUGAAGAGGAAGUUGUACCCAAAUGUUGACUUCUAUUCUGGCUUAAUAUACAGGGCUAUGGGUUUCCCAACAGAGUUCUUUCCAGUUUUGUUUGCAAUUCCUCGAAUGGCUGGCUAUCUAUCUCACUGGCGAGAGUCCCUAGAUGAUCCCGACACAAAGAUAAUGAGACCAGCACAGGUGUACACUGGUGUGUGGGUACGACCAUACGUGCCAUUGCAAGAACGAAUGGUUUCAAGAGAAGAAGAUAAGCUCGGUCAGGUUGCAGUCUCCAACGCAACCAAGAGGCGUUUGGCUGGUUCUGGAGCAUAGCCAUACACAACUCCCUGCACCGGACCAGAUCAUCCGUUUUCUCGCCUAUACAAAUAAGUAUCGAUCUUACAGUUGUAUGGUCGCUCUGCGUUUUUCAUCCAAGUUCAUGGUUGAAGUCACCUUAGGGUGAUAUCUAUUAGCAUUUCACAGCAAAACUAAAAUAAAAUGUUGCACCACUCUUACUUCCA